AUGUAUUCCCAUGCGGACGCCAACCUGAAGGUGAAGAAGGACCUGGACUCGGCCCGCUCCAAAGUCAAUGAACUCAAGGCCGAAGUUAAAGGCCUUAAGGAAAAACUUGAGCCUCUUCAAGAGGUCAAGAAUGAGGCCGAGAGGGCCAAGGAGCGGGUGAGCCGCCUGGAGGGGCGCCUGGCGAACCAGGAGCAGCAGCUGAAGGCCAAGUUCGAGUCCCGGGCUGAGGAGGAGAAACAGGCCCUUGUCCAACAAAUGAUGGAAGACUACAAAUCCAUCAUGCGGGCGACAUGGGAGGCGGUACAGCCGGGUGCUGAUUUUGGCAUCUGGAAAUCCAAGUUUGAUCAGGAAAACGAGGAUUACAAUGUUGAACUCCUUCGCCGGGCUGACGAGGAGGAUGCGAAUGGUGAAGAGGCCGACACCGCUUCAGGCUCCUCCGGGGAUGAAGACAGGGAAGAGGAUGGUGAUGACAAUGAAGAGCAGCCGGCAACUGAUGAUGCGGCUGCCAAUGCUGGAAAUCCCUCUGCCCCUUGA